AUGUUUCUCGGUGUGCUUGGACUGGUCCUCAGCUUCGUUUUGCAUUGCCAAGCUGCAGCGCUAUGCAGUCAACUAGCUAAUGCCACCUUCUCCACUGUCUCUGGCGGCGUGGACCUCGCCGUCGACAUCGCCGCUGGAUCAAAUUUCACAGGCCAGACAGCAGAACCUGUAGCCACCACCAAUGCCAGCACCGCUCAUGCUGAAGUCUGGCUGCCGUCAAAUUGGACUGGACGAUUCAUGUCUGUUGGCAAUGGAGGCUUCGCAGGCGGCGUCAACUACCCGGAUCUUGUCUGGUCUCUGCGGAAGGGCUUUGCGGCUAUGAGCACAGAUACUGGACAUCAGUCUACGUCAGGGAAUGGGAGCUGGCUGAGUGUUCCUGCUGCGGCGACGGACUGGGGUCAUCGUGCAUUGCACAUCAGUACGCUUGCUGCGAAGGAAAUUGUGGAGCUCUACUAUGGUGAUGCCGCCGAGCAUUCAUACUACGCAGGGUGCUCGACUGGCGGACGGCAAGGUCUUAAUGCCGCGCAAAGGUAUCCCGAAGACUUCGACGGCGUCUUGGUCAGCUCCGCCAUCCCAUGGCAGACACAUACGGCCGCCUGGCAGACGUACGUCGCAUUGCAACAGUACCCACAGAAUGGCUCAAAUCCCGCCUUCAUUCCAGCAAGUCUGUGGCCAGUCAUCGCAGCAGCGGUCCUCCAGCAGUGCGACAGCAUAGAUGGCGUCAAAGACAAUAUCAUCAUGAAUCCGGCGCGGUGCAAUUUCCAGCCGGAAGUCCUUCUCUGCGGCCAGCCAGGCACAAACUCAACGAGUUGCAUGAACGGCGCCCAAAUCGAGAAUCUCAAGCGCAUGUACAGACCCUGGCUCACAGACGCCGGCGAGCUGAUCAAUCCUGGCAUCUCAUACAGCGGCGAAGCAAGCUUUUCCUUCAUUAUGAACCAGCCCGUCCCACAGUUCGGACCAAUAUUCUACGGCUACGCGGUCGUGAACGAUAGCGCCUGGGACUGGAGUACCAUUCCACCUGCCACGGUGACCCUCGCCGAUGAGAUCAACCCCGGUGGGGCGAAUGCUGUGGAUCCAGCCGCCAUGACAGCCUUUCAGGGCAGGGGUGGCAAAGUGAUUCAUUACCAUGGCUACUCUGACCCCCUCAUACCUGUGUACAACGCAGCGCUUUGGUACGAUCAGCUCGUCGCUUACUACUCUGAUGCUGGACGCGGUGGACAAGUUGAGGACUUCUAUCGCUUAUUCACCAUUCCAGGCAUGGGUCACUGCUCUGGUGGUCCGGGGGCAUGGGUUGUUGAUGGAGCUGGACAGGGUGGUGUACUACCUGCGUCCACGGAUGCUGAUCACUCCAUGAUCUGGUCCCUAGUGGAGUGGGUGGAAGGCACCGCACCUGCUCCAGAAUCCGUUGUUGGGACAAAGUUCGUGGGUGACAGCCCGAGUAGUGGGAUCGCGUUUGAGCGGCCGGUGUGUAGAUGGCCUGGGGUCGCUGAGUAUUUGGGUGGAAAUGCGACGAGUGUGGAUAGCUGGGCGUGCUCUGAUGCUGCUGUCUAUUACUGA